AUGCUCAAAAUUGGGCUUCUGUUUCCUGGUCAAGGCCAUCAUUAUGCUAACAUGGGGCGUUACCUAAUGAAUUCCCAUUUCAAGACUAUGUUCGACUCUUGCGGCUCUGAAAUUCCGGGGCUUUUUGAAGCAAUGUCUCAAGAGACCAUAAACACACAAUUUGCUCAAAUGCUCCAAUUUGCCACCUCCAUUGCAACGCUCAAUAGGAUGUUUCAGCUUGAUUUGCCACCACUUAUCAAAAAGGAUCAAAGCACGGCUUUUAUUUUUGCAGGCCACUCUUUGGGCGACAUUACUGCACUUGUGGCGGCCAAUUUCCUCACUCAGGAGCAGGGUGGUGAGCGUGCAAAAGCAAUGUCCGAGUUUUCUCCAAACGGAAUUAUGGUUAGCGUUCGUUUAAGGCCAAAGAUAUCCUUUUCGGAGAUCAGAAUGGCUCUGAUGGAUAAUAUGGGGAAAAGCAUUCAGGAAUUUAGUAAGGAUGGUAAUCCAGAAGACGUCGAAUCCUCAAAACCAGCCUUGCUAGCAAGACCCUCGCUUGCGAUUGCAUGUUAUAACGCCGCGGACCAAAUUAUCCUUUCUGGAACGCCGACCUUGGUAACUUCAGCUAUUAAAAGGCUGACGGAUCUACAUUUGUUCUUCGAAAAUUCGUCAAAAAAGCUGCCUGUCUCUGGUGCUUUCCACUCUCCACUGAUGAAUGAGGCUUCAGAUAAAUUUGGAAAGUCUUUAGAACAGAUUCAGUUUGCACAAACCACGAGGUGCAAGAAUCAUCUAAGCUCGUAUUUCUCCAGCUCCAUUCUUACAGAGGUAACAAGGAAUUGCAGGAUAAUUUAUCAGAUGAAGGAUCCCUUUGAUUCACAUCAAAUAAAAGCCUAUUUGCGGUCGCAAAUAAUAUCCCCGGUCUAUUGGACACAAACUAUCGAUGCGCUUGUUGCAAAACCUUGCAAUCUUUUCAUCGAAGUUGGAAACCGUGCUCUCACAGCGCUCUUGAAAAAGAAAUGUCCACAGAUCCCAUCAAUGUAA